AUGAAAGAACUUGACCAAUUAAUCAAGCGCAGUUGCUGGACACCGAUCAGUAUUGAGAAACUAAAACCGACCGAAAGAAAGAAGGCCGUAGAUGCAAUGAUGCUACUUGCCGAAAAGAAUGAUGGCGUGACAAUCAAAGGGCGCUGUGUAUUCAAAGGUAACGAGACCCGUGAUUGGUUGUCUUGUGAAGACACUGCAAGUCCCACAGCUUCGCAUGAAGCUAUUAUCUGCACGGGUGUCAUUGAUGCCCACGAAAGUAGAAACUUCAUGUCAAUGGAUAUACCUAACGCGUUUAUCCAAACAUUGAUGCCCGAGCAGGAAGAAGGAGAAGAUCAAGUAAUAAUGAAAAUUACUGGGCUGCUGGUCGACUACAUGAUUGACCUAGAUCCGACGUAUCGGGAUUUUGUAGUAAUCGAAAAUGGACGUCGAGUGAUCUAUGUUGUGAUCCUCCAUGCUAUUUAUGGGAUGGUACAGGCUUCGUUGCUAUGGUACCAAAAUCUGAGGGCAUCACUGGAAGAAUAUGGAUUCGUGUUUAAUGUAUACGAUCCGUGCAUUGCGAAUAUGAUGGUCAACGGAAAGCAAUUGACUAUCAGGUUUCAUGUUGAUGAUGUGCUAGCGAGCCACAUGGAACAAAGAGUUCUUGAAGAUUUCUUUACAUGGAUAAAUGAGAGAUACGGAGGACUAAAGGAAGUGACUUGCACACGUGGACAAGUUCACACCUAUCUGGGAAUGACAUUGGAUUAUUCAAAGAAAGGCACGCUGAAGAUUUGA